AUGGCUCCUACAGUAUGUUUCAACUGCCAAAACUCACGGGCGGUCAUCAUACGGCCCAAAAACCGCCACAAGCUGUGCCGCGAGUGUUUUCUGUCCGUGUUCGAAGCCGAAGUCCACGAAACUAUCAUCUCGAAUUCCCUCUUCACACGCGGCGAACGAAUCGCCAUCGGCGCCAGUGGCGGCAAAGACAGCACCGUGCUGGCCUCGGUGCUUAAAACGCUCAACGAACGACAUGACUACGGCCUUGAUCUAUGUCUUCUCUCUAUCGACGAGGGAAUCAAGGGUUACCGUGAUGACAGUUUAGAGACAGUGAAGCGCAACGCAGUGCAGUAUGAUAUGCCCCUUGUUAUCGUCGGAUACGGGGAACUCUACGGGUGGACGAUGGAUCAGGUCGUGGAACAGAUCGGCAAGAAGGGGAAUUGCACAUAUUGCGGAGUGUUUCGGCGGCAGGCGCUCGAUCGGGGUGCGGAGCGCUUGGGCAUCAAGCAUGUUGUGACGGGGCAUAAUGCAGAUGAUGUGGCGGAAACGGUCAUGAUGAACCUGUUGCGCGGCGAUCUGCCUCGAUUGUCGAGAGGCACGAAUAUCGUGACGGGCUCGUCGUCCUCGGACAUCAAGCGCAGCAAGCCGUUGAAAUAUGCGUAUGAGAAGGAGAUUGUGCUGUAUGCGCAUCACAAGCAGUUGGAUUAUUUCAGCACCGAGUGCAUCUAUUCACCAGAGGCUUUCCGGGGCAGUGCGCGCACAUUGAUCAAAGAUCUAGAGAAAAUCCGACCGAGCUCUAUUCUCGACAUCGUGAGGAGCGGCGAGGAAAUGGCUACGCUUGUGCCUAUGGCAGAUGGAGGACAUCCGGCACCCGAGGAAACGUCGGUGGGAGGGUGCGGAAGUCAGAACGGGCGAACGCGCGGUAGCGAGAUGGCGGAGAUGGAAAAGACACUCGCUCAGAACGAAGCUUCGGCGUCUCUAGAGACCGAGAUCAAGUUGCCCUCGCAGCAGACCGCAGCAGUCUCACUCCCUAAGGGAAACACAAAGAAACAAAAGAAGAUGGUCCAACAGAAGCCUGUAACCAAGAAGCAAGUGCUGGGCAAGUGUGAGCGCUGCGGAUAUAUUACCAGUCAACGCUGGUGCCACGCAUGCACACUCCUCGAGGGCUUGAACAAGAACAGACCCAAGACAGCGAUCGAGAUGGAUAUCAGCCCGGAGGAAGAGGAGAGUAGCACCACGCUACGGAGACAAAUGGAGCAAGCCCAGCUGGCGGGGUGA